ACUAUUGGUCUUAAUAUAAUAUAAAUUGAUUAGAAAAUACAAAUAUCAAGUCACUUUUAGAGGUAGAACUUAAAUCCACUCAACGUAUUUUAGCUACAAAUUAUCUACUGUUAAAGAUAUAUUUUUUUAAAAAAAAAUGUCAUUUUCUAAUUCGAACAUUAGUGAUUACGAAGAAUCAAUGACUGAAAGCGAUAACAAUUAUAACGAGGUAAAACCGGAGACCACAAAAAAACAAAAUAAAACAAAAAGAGUUGUGAAAUUGAAAAAAAAUAUGUGCAAAACAAAAGUUAAAAAAAAUAUUUCAUAUCUGGAUAGAAUUGGUCCUUUAAUUAAAGAUGUGAAAGUAAAUAAUGAACUUAUUAAUUCGAUCAUGGUGAAACAAAGUGAUGAAAUAGUAAACAUAAAAUUACCAUUUGAUAACGAAGUAUGUAGUGAUUACUGGACAAUAAAUCACUAUAAAAUAAAAAAUAUUCAAAAUCUUAUUGCUACAGACCGAUGGAAAGAAGCUGAGUGCAGUGUAAAAGUAUCGAUAACUGAUUUAGCAAAGGAUCAAGGGCUCGCAAACGAUUUAUCCAACAUCAUACAAACAAUAUUUACACGGUUCAUGUCUGAUCCAAACAAGAAAAUAGGAUGUAUUAAAAAAUCAAAAUCAUAAUAAAUCUGUUUGUAAUGACUGUUGAAAAUUAAAAUAAAAAACCAAUAUAUUAA